UCAGACCAGCCAAUCUGGCAAACCGACAAUCAUGCCACAGCCAAAGUCACUGAGAUAACAUUUUUUUUCCCAUUCUGAUGUUUGAUGUGAACACUAACUGAGGCUCCUGACCUGUAUCCGCAGUUUUUUAUGCACUGCACCGCUGCCACAUGAUUGGCUGAUUGGAUAAUUGCAUGAAUACGUAGGUGUGCAGGUGUUCCUAAUAGUGUGCUCAGUGAGUCCAUGUUUACAUCAGAAAAUUAGGUAUUUUUGGCAAAACAAUGUGAUCGGUGCUGCUAAAUCACACUGGAGCCACAUCCCGUAAAAAAAUGAAUUGAACCAGACUGGAGACCAAGAGAAACGUAUAACCUGAAAAAAACACCUAUAAAAACAAAAUAUCAGGGGGAAAGGGAACCAAUACCAUCCAGCUACUGGUGAGAAAUACACAAAGCUAAAUGGACAAGAAUCCAUCAACACACACAGCCUAUGACAGAAAAACAGACAGACACACACACACAUAAUAGCUCACACUUCACAAAUAUCUAUUAAAGUGUAAUCACAAUGUAAUUUAUAUAUAUAAUGUUUACAAUUUGAUAUUUUGUAAAUCACUAUGGCAACAUGGAUUGUUCUCUGGGGUCAUGCACAAAAACCGGUCUCACUCGAACUAGCACAGUAACUGUAGUAGUUGUACAAGUUUGAGAAAAAGAGGGGGCAGAUUUCCCCCAAAGGUUCAGUGUUCAGUCGCAGAUCCGCAGGCAAGGCUGCGUAGGAGCGUUCACUGGGAGCUGAGCAGUGUUCAGGAAUGCUAGGCCUCCCUCCAGGUCCGCAGCAUUACGCAGUGUUUUGUCAGAGGUUUUCUGACCAUGGGCCGGAACGCCGCACUGGGAAGCCUUCUGUUUUUCCUCGGGCUAUUUGGGAUCUGCACAGGAUUUGAACAAGAGAACUGUACCAACUACAGGCUCCAGUUCAAGGUUUACUCCGUUCCCGGGGAUAUGGCUAUGCUGAAUAGCACUUUGGUGUCUCCAAACGUCUUCGACUUCAAUACUGUUCCGUACAACAUCACUUGGUAUGACUCAAAGACUGGUCAGGAAAUGAGCAACCAGACCGGUCGAAUCCUGGUGCAAGGGGAGACUCUGUGGUUUCUGAACAUAACGCUGGACGACAGCGGGGAAUACGUGAGCGUACUGAGAACUCCUUUUCAGUGCCACAGGCAGUUAACCAAGCUGGUAGUGGAGCUACCAGUUCCUGGGAAGUGUGGAAGGCCAAAGAAAGCUGAUCAAAUACUUACAAAAGGAGUUGCCGACACCCUGUCCUGCCCCCUGAUGGACUAUAUUAAUAAACUGAACAGCUACAACAUCAGUUCCUCCAUUAAGUGGUACAGGGGUUGUGAGCCCAUAGAGGAUGGGACAGGCGGUUAUAGCCACAGGGACACAACCACACUGGGGAUCAGCAAGGUGGAGGCUCGAAACAACUGCUCCUACACCUGCACUCUGACGUUCACCCUGGGUGGCCUCACAGGAUCCGUGUCAGAGACAAUUAACGCAGAGGUCACAGAGGUCUACUCAUUGGUUCCACAAGUGCAUGAACCGGCCAAUGAAAUAAUUAAGGCACACAUCGGGUACAACUUCAGCAAAUGGUGCCGUGUGUUUGUGCCGGGUGUUGGGAAGCCUUUAGUUAAAAUCGUUUGGAUAGCCAGAGACCAAUUAAUUUUAAAUUCCGACCCCUCUAGUCGUGUCUACACGUCAAAACCACGUGAGUCAAGCCAGGAUUUCCCUAGUAAAGGUACAUGGUUGGAGCGUCUGCUGACGUUUUCGGAGCUGAGGGAGGAAGAUUUCCACAUCAACUACACUUGUCGAGCGUACAGCUCCCGGGGCAAUCCUGGGGGAUAUUUUACUCUGCUACCAGCAGAUCCAGACCCCAUGCUUCCCAUCGGAUCGGGGCUUGCUGGUGUGACGAUUCUCUUUAUUGUCAGUGUCAUCGUCUACUACCUUUUUAAGGUCGACAUUGCACUGUGGUUCAGGAGAGUGUUCCCAGUCCUCUAUACAAAUAAAGAUUUGGAUGGGAAGCUAUAUGACGCCUACGUGGCAUACCCACCACCCUGUGCCGUCGGAUUCAGCAAGGAAGUGGAGAUGUUUGCCCUUCAAACUCUGCCCCAAGUGUUGGAAAAGGGAUGUGGCUACAAACUCUUUAUAGCAGGCCGUGACUGCAUACCCGGGCAAGCCAUAUUGGACUCGGUGGAAGAGAACAUACAAGCCAGUCGCCGCCUCCUUCUGCUCUACACUGCCUCGACUUUCACCGGCAAGAGACUCACAAGCAGCACUAGCAGCAAUAACAACAACCACCUUUCUAAGAACAUUAAUAGCAGCGAUAACAGCGAAAUCAAGACCGGUGACAGCAGUGGCAGGACUAGUUUUGAUGAUAGCGACGAAGUCUAUACAGACACAAGGCAGCAGUUGGAGUGCGUUGCAGCAAUGCACAGAGUGCUGCUGGAGGGAUCACUCAAGGUGGUUCUGGUUGAGUUGGAAGAGAUUACCCCAGCUCAGCUGGCUCUCUUCCCAGAGUCAGUGCGUCACCUGAGGAAGAAGCAGGGUGCCGUUCGUUGGUGGAAGAACCUGAGGAAAAGGCAAAGGUGGAGGACAUGUGUGAGGAGAGAGGACGAGGAAAAACAUGAACGGGACACACAGUUAUCACAAUCCCUCUCCCCUUCCUCCAGGUUUUGGAAGGAAAUACGGUAUUAUAUGCCAGUGAGGGGCAAGAGGGCAGUCUACCCUGAGAAAACUGCCCUGUUGAACUUAUGAUGGCGUUAUAUGUAUGUGUCAACUGUUGAACCAGACAGUAGCUCAUUAUUUUCAAUGCAACUGUGUUUGGUAGUGAAUCCCCCUCACACACAGACAAUUCAGAAAUACUGUGUUAUCACCAAAAAGCUGCGAGUCAAGGCUACAGCACGGGAGCACACAAAGGUACUCUUACAACAAAUGCUGACUCAACAGGUACAUUUACCUUUAGCUUCUCAUUGUGUAACUUUUCAAGUAGCAGAUUUUAGAUAACAAAAGGUCCAUAACUGUAGCAUGCGCGGCACGUGCUGAAGGUAGUGUAACUGAUCAAGAAAAGGACUCAACGACAGUAGCUCACACCUGAUGUGCAGAUAAUCGCAGCGUCUUGGCUAUCCUGAGUUAGCCUGCACCUGUAUAUGAAGUCUUGACGGUCCUUGGUGGUUGGAGACUGAAGAAUAAUGUGAAUAAAGGACUGAUCAAACCAAAUUGUCAUGUAUAAAUGUAAAAUGUACAUAUGUAAAAAGAAGUGUAAAUAUGUAAAAACUAAUAAUAAUACAUUUCUAAAGUAUAAGAAGUCAAGUCAUACUGAGUUUUUUUUUUUUAAAUGCACUGCCAUUUAUUUACUGUUACUGAUCAACAUAUAAGGAACUGUAAAGAGCAACGCUCUAGGGAG